AUGCACGCUGGACGAGGCCACCACCCACCCAAAGUGGCAGGCCCCCCGGCCGACCGCGCAGGCAUCCAGAAGUUUCUGAGCACCGCCGGCCAGAGGCUGAGGAAGCUUGGCGACCUGGUCAUUGCCAAGCAGGCCGCGGGGGACAGCACGGAGGAGCAGUUGAAGGAGAUCGCGGUCAUCAAGUAUCAGAAGCUGGUCACGAGAAGGCCGAAUGACCAGCUGCAGGUGCUCAGCAAGAGGCGCAAGGCCGUCAAACUCGAAGUCGUCGCCCUCGAGGCCAAGACGAACGAGCUGCGGGACGACCUCAAGGCCAAGCAGCAGGAGUUGAGGCAGCUCGAGUCCAACAUCGCCGACGUGAGGGCCGUGCUCGCCGACGGCGGCGCGGCGGACGACGAGGGCGACUGGGACACGGGCGGGUUCGGCUUGGCACCGAGCUGGGAUGCCUUCCACAAGGCCGUGAUCGACAGGCGCCUGAACAGCGAAGCACCUGGUGACGGAUUCCCAGCUUGGCCAGCGGGAGUGGUGGGGCGAUCGCCACGCUCAAGGGCCAGCUCGGCAGGCAGCGCAACCAGAGGCUUCGCAGAUCAGGUGGCCAAGGCGAAUGCGGAGCGGGCCCACCAGCAGCAGCGCCGUGCCGAAGCCGAGCAAGAGUUUGCUGCCGAGCUGGCGGAAGUCAGGAGAGUCGCCCGAGAACAAGCACUCCGCCACAACGGCGAGCAGGCGAAACUCAGGCUGGCACUCAAGGAGGAGUCAGAGCAGCUGCAGCGCAUCACCGCAGCGGAGAGCGCAGCCCAGCAGCAGCAGCAGCAGCAACACAAGGCCCUCCGCCAUGAAAUCAAGAGGCAACAAGCCGAGCAGCUCGAGUUCGCGACGCAGAUGGAGGCCAGGAUAAUCAGCCAUGACACAGCCUUCAGUCAAGCCAAGGCAGAGGCCGAAGCCGCGACCCACCGGGCAAAUCGCCUGCAUGAGCAGCUUGAGCAAGUUCGAGCGGAGCACCGGGAGAAGCCGCAACCCCAGGACAGGGUCUACCAAGACCUGCUGCGGGCAAGAGCCGAGGCGCAAGAGGCACUGCGACGGGCCCAGCACGAGAGCGCCCAAGCGACAGCUACAGAGGGCACUCUCAAGCAGCAGCUCGCCAGGCAGGAGCUGGUCAUGGAAGCGGCCAGGCUGCAAGGGAUCGUCCAGACAGCAGCACGGCAGCAGGAGCGGCUCAAGCAGACCAAAAGCGAGCUCGAGGCAGCUGAAGCCCGCAUACACGAGCUCCAGCAGUACUCCAAGCUUGAGGCGGGCGCUGCGCAGCGUGCAGUACAAGUGGCAUACCAUGAAGCAGCGGAGCUGAGAAGCGCCAACAAGGAGCGGCAAAUCCCGCACGAGGUGCAGGCAUUGCAGUUCGCCCUGCUAAGGACUAGAGCAGAGGAGGAGGAGAUCGCGAAGGCCAGCCUGAAGGACAAGGAGGCAAUGCGGGCAGAGCUCGAAGGCAGUGCUGAGCGAAUAAGGUCGAGUCUCACCCGCCAAGUCAUGAUAGAAGAGGCGAACGCACAUGACUUGCAGCUGCACACAGAGAGCCUGCGACAGGAACUGAGCAGCUACGCGGUGCAGCUGAGCGAGCAAAGGUCCAACGCAGAGGUGCAGGAGCAGGCGCUGGAGGAGGAGCUCGCCCAGGCCCUCACCUUCAGGAUCGCCAGCAUGGAGGAGGCCUCCGCCAUGGAAGACUUCGCCAGCCAGCAGAGGACGGGCAGGGAGGAGGCCAUCCACCUCGCGCUGCAAGAAAGCCUCCAGCGCUCCAGCACGCUGCACACCGAGCUAGACGCCAUCGCAAAGAAGGAGCAGCAGGGCGCGUCGGAGACAGAGGAGCUAAAGCUGAGGAUGCAGAGCCUGGAAGCCAUUGCAGCCAGCAGGGAACGUGAACGCAAGGCCAUGGUCAACCUGUACGCCGAGAUGAGGCAAUACGGGCAGGAGGGCUACGACUUCACCAAGAGGGCAGCUCAUCACCUCGUCCAAGGGGGCCACCUCCCAACGUCCCAAGAGUCCAUGGACGACUACCAGGAGGCCGCUAACCUGUACGAGGAA